UUCUUUUUUUAUCGUCGCGUAGUGUUUUUUCGCUGGUUGUUUGCUUUCGCGAGCUGUUGUUGAAAAAUUCUAAUAAAAAAUCGCAAAAUUGUACACUAUUUCUGCAUCCAAACGCUGCAAAAUUUCCGAACCGUAUUGGCUUACAGUUCACCGGUGUCACCGUGGCCGUGGAUUGUGAAAGGAUUGAAUUAUGGGCCCACAAAAGGUAACACCUGAAGAUCAACAGUUCAACAUUGCAUUCGUGUCGGAAGUGAAGAAGCAUCCGUGCCUCUUCGAUAGCAACAGUGCUGAGUACAAACAUGCCAGUCUCCAGGAUAAGGCGUGGCAAGCGGUGUCCGCAGAAGUGAACGAAAGCGUGGACAUGUGCAAGAAACGUUGGCGAAAUUUGCGUUGCUGUAUGACCCGAUACUUGAAAUCGGUCCGUGAAAAUGUAGACAACUCUCCAAAUCUUCGGAGAAAACCUUACUAUCUGUACAAUCACAUGCAGUUCGUUAUACCUUACCUGAAAGCGAAAGAUGGGGAUGUGCUGACGUCAUACGACACGGAAGACACGAGCUGGAUUAAAAACAAUUCCAAUUCAGAAUUUUUAAAACCAGAGGAAGAGGAGGAAGAAGAGGAACAGCAUGAAAUUGACCCCAUAGAUAUAGACGAAGACAACCAACAGAUCAAACAGAGCAUCAUUCAAUCGAUCAAAAUACUUCCAGUCAGUGGCCAGGAUCAUUCGCAGGACACUACCACUUACGAAAUCAUCGAAGCUUCUCCCAGCAAACAGCCACGAAUUGAGUCUGUUCAGCAUUUGUCAGCUAUGUCUACUCCCGUAACUCCGCAGACGAUCAUCAAAACCUCAAAGGAUGGCGUGAAUCUGAAACACAUAACCUACACGGCCGUUGCAACGCCGCAGCAUCAGACGAAUCAGCUCUUUUGCUCCCCCAGCAUCGGUUCCGGCCAAACCCUGCAGCAUCAGAUCGCGUCCAGCUCGGGAAACCUCCUGAACAGCCGAGCAGGCAGCAUUGGCAACACCUCCAUAAUGGCGAUCAACGCACACAGCACAGCGACGAGCGCGGCUAAUGAUGCCGAUAACAACUUCUUCAAAUCCCUCAUCCCGGACAUCCAAUCGAUGACGAUGGACCAGAAACGGAAGCUCAAGAUCGGCAUUCUACGGUUGAUUGACGAAAUUUUGAGCCCGUAGGCCCCGUAGUAUUGCUGCACCGGAAAGAUAAAUCUCUAAGCAAACAUUAAGAAACUUUUUUUUUUCAUUUCUUUUUUAAAUUUUACAAACAGUAAAUUGUAAACAACUAACAAAAUCGACCCUAAACUUUUUUAAAGUUUUUUUUUGUUUCUUCAACCCGUUGUGUUGUAUAUCUAGGAAAGUAAAGUUUCGGAUGUACCGUACCAUCGUGUUAUAAUUGUCAUUUUAGAAAGGUCAUCGAUAUGGUGAAUAAAGUUAAAUGUAAUAUA